AUGGCCCCAGCAGUCACCGACGCUGCAGAUCAAGCUGGACUCCGUUCCACAACCUUCAUUGUGCCUCUAAAGACUGAUACAGGUCAUAACAAGGAGAAUUUAAUUGGCUAUAAAUAUGAGAAAGAGGCGGAGCUUCAAGGGACAGAAAGGAUUGCUCCAGCUUCAUUUCCUAACUAUCUCCCAGUUUGGAACAACGAAACGGAAAGAUACCCUCCUCUGACCCUCUUUGAGCAUUAUGACCAUGGCAAAGAUGCUGAUCCGAACUUCCCUGACCUUCUUCCCAAAAGUGUAGCUCAAGUGGAUGAUAUUACUCCUUUUAUUGGUACUGAGGUUCAAGGUGUACAGCUGAGCAAAUUGUCUAAAGCAGGCAAGGAUCAGUUAGCACUCUUUGUAGCUCAGCGCCGUGUUGUUGCUUUUCGUGAUCAAGACUUUGCCUCCCUACCUAUUCAAGAAGCAGUCGAUUUCACUGGUUAUUUUGGUCGUCACCACAUACACCAAACCUCUGGUGCUCCAAAGGGGUUUCCCGAAGUCCAUCUUGUGUUCCGGGGUAUCGAUGACCGUACUGGUGCAAAGUUCCUCGAUCAACGUACCAACACCAUAACUUGGCACAGUGAUGUCACUUUCGAGAAACAACCACCUGGCACAACUUUCCUAUAUGUACUAGACGGUCCUUCAACGGGUGGCGAUACUCUCUUUGGUGAUAUGGUGCAGGCAUACAAGCGACUGUCAGUUGAGUUUCGCAAGCGUUUACAUGGACUUCGGGCUGUGCAUUCAGGUAUUGAGCAGGUGAAUGCGAGUUUGAAUGGAGGAGGUAUCGCACGACGUGAUCCUAUCACUUCAGUGCACCCUGUGGUUCGGACACAUCCUGUUACUGGGGACAAGGCUCUCUAUGUGAACCCACAGUUCACUCGGUAUAUUGUCGGAUACAAGAAGGAGGAGUCAGAUCAUUUACUCAAAUUCUUAUUUGAUCAUAUUGCUUUAUCUCAAGAUCUCCAGACUCGAAUCCGCUGGAAGCCUGGCACAGUAGUGGUGUGGGAUAAUCGUCUGGCUUGCCACUCGGCUGUAUUCGACUGGGAGGACGGACAGAGACGCCACAUUGCUCGCUUAACGCCACAAGCCGAGCAGCCUUACGAGACGCCAUUUGAAAACUGA